UGUAUACACAGGUCUGAAAAUUGUAAUGGAAGGGGGAAGGCUGUUAGCGGUCAGAAAAUGUUUCUGAAGUAAAUUGCGCCAAUCGAUUUGAUGGUCUUCGUUGUCAGCGCGCCUUUUGUCUGCGAUCUGAAACAGGACCGUGUCUGCAACUGAAAUGUACUCUAUUAUGUGAAUCUACAUUUAUUUAAAAAAAACAUUCUUUUAUACUACAUAAAAUACCGUACGGUUACUCUAAAUAAGUUGAAAGAAAUUAUGAAAAAUAAUUUAGUUUAUAUUCUUUAUCUUCAAUGGUAAGAACGGCGAAGAUGGCGUUAAAUGCUGAAGUUUAACAAAUUACCGCUAUGGUUAGCGGCCGAAAACAUAUCUCCCGAUGUUAAGAAUCUUAUCCCCACUACGGAAGUUUUCGGACCUACGGAAGUUUCGGUCGCCAGUGUUUGCGACCGUGGAAUAGGAGCUAGUCAAGGUUUAGUAAACGGGUUACAAGAAAUAGACAAACUUAAGUCUCAAGUUCAAGAUGUUCAUGUACCUUUGGAGGUUUUCGAUUACAUUGAUCAAGGCAGAAAUCCACAAUUAUAUACUAAGGAUUGCAUAGAAAAGGCAUUAACUAAAAAUGAACAAGUGAAAGGAAAAAUCGAUGCUUAUAGGAAAUUUAAAGCAAACAUGCUUGUAGAGCUAACUAGAGUUUUCCCACAUGAGUUGGCUAAAUAUAGAGCUAUACGUGGUGAUGAAUGAACAGAAAGUAAACCAAACAACAUAAUACUUUUUUGUUAAUUUUUUUAUAAUAUCCUAAUUACAUAUAUAAUAAAUAUUUAUUAAAAAAAA